AUGGAUUAUUUAAUUGUAGUAAAAAAAAAAAAUAAUACUUUUGAUUCAUCUGGACUUGCAAGGCUUUCGGCAGCAGCUCUGAGUAGUUUAUCAGAUUUUAUUUGGUUCACUGGAGUCCUACAACCUGAAUUAUCGUCAAUUAUAUCUUCUACAUAA